GGCCGCCGGCUCCGGCUCCGGGCCAUGAGCCCCUCCGCCGCUCGGGCUUGAGCCCGCGAUCGGCCCAGCGCCCCAGGACCUGCGGCGGCUUCCAGCUUCCCGAAGCCCCCUCAGGAUUCCCUUGGCAAGAAUGGAACUGAAGGCCGAGGAGGAGGAGGUGGGUGGCGUCCAGCCGGUGAGCAUCCAGGCCUUCGCCAGUAGCUCCACGCUGCACGGCCUUGCCCACAUCUUCUCCUAUGAGCGGCUCUCCCUGAAGCGGGCACUGUGGGCCCUGUGCUUCCUGGGCUCGCUGGCUGUGCUGCUGUGUGUGUGCACCGAACGUGUGCAGUACUACUUCUGCUACCAUCAUGUCACCAAGCUCGACGAGGUGGCCGCCUCCCAGCUCACCUUCCCCGCCGUCACGCUGUGCAACCUCAACGAGUUUCGCUUCAGCCAAGUCUCCAAGAAUGACCUGUAUCACGCCGGGGAGCUGCUGGCUCUGCUCAACAACAGGUAUGAGAUACCGGACACACAGAUGGCCGAUGAAAAGCAGCUGGAGAUAUUGCAGGACAAGGCCAACUUCCGCAGCUUCAAGCCCAAGCCCUUCAACAUGCGUGAGUUCUAUGACCGAGCGGGACAUGACAUUCGUGACAUGCUGCUUUCCUGUCACUUCCGCGGGGAGGUCUGCAGUGCUGAAGACUUCAAGGUGGUAUUCACACGCUAUGGGAAGUGUUACACAUUUAACUCAGGCCAGGACGGGCGGCCGCGGCUGAAGACCAUGAAGGGCGGGACUGGCAACGGGCUGGAGAUCAUGUUGGACAUCCAGCAGGACGAGUACCUUCCUGUGUGGGGAGAGACCGAUGAGACGUCCUUCGAAGCGGGCAUCAAAGUACAGAUCCACAGUCAGGAUGAACCUCCCUUCAUCGACCAGCUGGGCUUUGGGGUGGCCCCCGGCUUUCAGACCUUUGUGUCCUGCCAGGAGCAGCGGCAGCUCAUCUACCUACCCUCCCCAUGGGGAACCUGCAAUGCUGUUACCAUGGACUCGGAUUUCUUCGACUCCUACAGCAUCACGGCCUGCCGCAUUGAUUGUGAAACACGUUACCUAGUGGAAAACUGCAACUGCCGCAUGGUGCACAUGCCAGGGGACGCCCCAUACUGCACUCCAGAGCAGUACAAGGAGUGUGCAGAUCCUGCCUUGGACUUCCUGGUGGAGAAGGACCAGGAGUACUGUGUGUGUGAAAUGCCCUGCAAUCUGACACGCUACGGCAAGGAGCUGUCCAUGGUGAAGAUCCCCAGCAAAGCUUCUGCCAAGUACCUGGCCAAGAAGUUCAACAAGUCUGAGCAGUACAUAGGGGAGAACAUCCUGGUGCUGGACAUUUUCUUUGAAGUCCUCAACUAUGAGACCAUUGAGCAGAAGAAGGCCUAUGAGAUCGCAGGGCUCCUGGGUGACAUAGGAGGCCAGAUGGGGCUGUUCAUCGGGGCCAGCAUCCUCACGGUGUUGGAACUCUUUGACUAUGCCUACGAGGUGCUGAAGCAUAGGCUGUGCCGACGCGGGAAGUGCCAGAAGGAGGCCAAGAGGAGCAGCGCGGACAAGGGCGUGGCGCUCAGCCUGGAUGACGUCAAGAGACACAACCCUUGCGAGAGUCUCCGGGGCCAUCCUGCCGGGAUGACGUACGCUGCCAACAUCCUACCUCACCAUCCGGCCCGAGGCACGUUUGAGGAUUUUACUUGCUGAGCCCCGCAGGCCGCUUGUACCAAAGGCCUAGGUGGAGGAGGGCUAGGAGAGCAAGGGGCCCCCGACUGCCCCCCUCAUCUACCAUGGGGACUCAACUGCACUCCUGGGCAGUCCUUCCCUUUUGUCUGUGGUGAGGAAGGGGUCCUGACAAUAGAGUCCUCUCCCUGCCUCUAUCCCAUCUUUUUAUUUUAACAAAACUAAUCUUAAAAAAAGAGAACGGGCAAGGGACCUCAGGCUGCCCAUCUCUGCUCCAUGCUGCCUCCCCCUAGCUCCCAGCCUGAAUUCUGUCUGGCUGUCUGUCAUCUUGAGUGUCCACCUACAUUCUGCUGCCACCAGUCACCAAAGCCCCCUCCCAGCGAGGGGUGGAGGGGAUCCCUGGGGUCUCGAAAUGUGGCCCCACACUAGAGAAUGUAUCUGAAGGGAGAGGGCUAGUGAGGGGGCUUCCCCGGCCUUAAGAGGCUCUCUCAGCCCAGUGACUCCCCCCAAGCCCAAGUCUCCAGGCAGGACCUACCUAAAUCCCCAGUUCUACUUCCUCAUUCACAUGGAAUCUCGAGGGGGUGAAGGAUCCCCUGAAGAAGUAUAGAUGGGGACUAGAUGUGGCCCUGGUGCUGUAGACCACAUCUCAAUACUUACAAGUCACCCCCACCCUGCAGCUGCUGGAGAGAAAUCCCGAGAGGCAGCCCUCCUCUACAUCCCAUAAAAGACUGGGCCGGUUAGCUACCAGCUCAGGGAGAGGGGCACUGUGCCUGCCCUCACUGACCUCUCUCCCAGAGGCCCUUGCAGAGGGCCACAUCCAUAAAUUUUCUUAUGGAAUUUUCCCAAGUCCUCUUUCCCCGACUUCAUUUGCUUCUUUCAACAACCUCAUCUGCAUUUUCUAUUUCUAUAUGAUACAGACUCUAUAUUGCUAUAUCUCUGUAUAUACUUUCCUCUAACCAUGUCUGUCUCCACCCUCUUUCCUCUUGUCUCUGAGAAUCAUCCCCACCCCCACCCCAAGUUCUUCCUUCUGUGUUUCUCCCCCAUCCCUGGUCUCUGAAUGCCUUCGCCUGUAUAAAGAGUUGGACUCUCCCCCGGUGUCUGUACUGUGUACACACAUCCCUCUGAGAAGCACAAGGAGACGACACGCGCAUUGUAACCUUCACACUGUCUCGGUGGCAACAUAAAGGAAGCUGUGAAUCACAAGCUCUGCCUCUUUCUGGCCUCACCCUUUCCCUGCCACCUGGGCAAUUUCUGCCCUCCCUGCAGCCUUAACAUUCCCUCCCCAUACCCCAGCUCCACCUUUUCCAAUGCCCUUUGCCAGGCUGAUCGUGGUCUCCCCAGGGAAGGAGUUGCUGCAGAGGUAGUGCCCACCCAGGGGUGGGAGCUGUGUGUUCACUAAGUCAAGAAUGCUAGAGACAGACAGGAGCUAGGGAUUGUUGACUCUCACCGCUUGGGCAGUGGGUGCCCCAGGCAGAAGCUGAAGUCCUCAGCCAGUGGCCUUUCUCUCCUUCUGGGUGCCCGGCCCUCCUUCCUCACUUGAUGCCCAAGCCUACCAUUCAUUUUUUGGGGUGGGCCACACAGUUUGGUCAUGGGAGGAAAGAGGUAGGCCUAGAGGGGGAGUCAAAGCUCUGUUGUUCUGUCUAUCUCUACCUUAUCAGGAGACAAGUAAGGUAGAGGUCCUUCCCACCCACACCAGGCCCUCUUUUGAGGUCAGAGUCCCAACCCCUUUCUAGGCCUUUUCUGUCCCACCGUCUCUUGGUCUCCAAUCCCAGAAAAGGACCUGUGGGUAGGUCACCUGUACAUUGGCCUGGAGCUGGACAGUGAGGCUGUGGGGGCCAAUAGUUUCUUAGAAAUCAGAUCUCCACAUGAAAGCGAGAGCAAGGCCAAGAAGUGUGCACCAGCUGGGGACAGCAGACAGGGCUCUGGGUGACGCAUGCCUCUGGUCUAAUAAACUGGGUUUCAAUCA